CGUUUUGAGGCCACGAUGGAGAAGCGGGUCCGGCCGCGGGGAGAGUGGCAGUCAGCAAGGGGUUAAGUGCCAGUAUGAGUGAGGGGAGGACGAGCGAUGGGACCGAGGGUCGCGGGUCUGGCGGGGAGCCGGGACCAGGGCGAGAGAGAGGAGCGGGGCCAAGCCCGGCCCAGCCCAGCCCAGCCCAGCCCAGCCCAACGCUCCCUCCUCUCCUCCCCGCCGGCCCCACCGGUCGGGGCCGCCGCCAGGCUUAGUCAGAGGAAUGUGGGUGGGACUCCCUCCUCCCCCGGCGCCUUAAAAACCCGCUCGGACCCAGCCGCACGCAGUCUCCUGUCCCGGCGGCCCGUCCCCGCCACACCCCACUCGUGACGCUCGGUCUCGCCGGGCAAGGAUGGUGGUGUGCGGCCUCGCGUGUUGGAGGUGCAGGUGGCUCCUGCCCCUGCUGCUGGGCCUGGCCAUCAUCAUGGGCAUCAUCGCCCUGGCGGGCCGGGGGUGGCUGGAGUCGGAGUCGGAGCCCUACGUGCAGCAAGCAUCCCUGUGGGAGAGCUGCACGCGGGGCGAGGCGGACCUCAACUGGAACUGCGAGUCCCUCAUGGACUACGGGUGGGGGAGAGCAGCAGCUGCCACAUACCUUGUUGGCUUUGUGAUCCUGGUCAUCUGUUUUGCCCUUGCAGUCAUUGCAUUCUCAAUCGAGAUACUCCGCUUCAACUUUGUGCGAGGAAUUGGAGGCUUGCUCUUUGUUGUUGCUGCAUUCCAGAUCAUAGGCUUGGUCAUCUACCCAGUGAAAUUCACAGAAGAAAUUCCACUGACAGGAGAUAAUAUGUUUAGCUGGGCCUAUGGUUUUGGUUGGGCCAGCACUGUUGUUGUAAUAGGUUGUGCUUUCUUCUUCUGCUGCCUCCCCAACUGGGAAGAUGAAGUCCUGGGAAACAUCAAGCCUACUUAUUACUACUCCUCCCCAGAGAGAGCACCGUACUUAAAUUGAAACAUUAAAUCCAAGUACAAUCAACUGUCAAAACAACAGAGGAGCACCUCCAAUGUAAAAUCAGUACAUCUAUAGGAGACUGAAAAAGCCUACCUUAUUUCUCCAGAGUAUUUUUUACCAGCCCUGGCAAUAAAUUAGUAAAAACAUUGGCAUUCUUAAGCAAAUAGCUUUUACCAAAAGUAUUAUUUCCAUAUUCUCAUGUUGAGUCUUUUUGGGUGGUUUACUUGCUCCUUUCCCUCCCAACUAAUUGAGUCAUCCUUAUUUUAUUCAAACAUUUGCUUAUGAAUAAAGAUGUAGUGUUUCAAGUGUAGAAAGGAACAGAGAUUUUAAACAACCCAUUAGAGGGACCUGCAAGUUAUUUUGUUUUUACCUAUGACAAAAUUGCUGUAAAUGGAACUAGAAGAAAAAAAAACCCAAACCUUCCAAAGAAUGCUUUUUCUUCCACCAAAGUCAGUCCCAAGGAAGGAACUUCCCUGAGACUAUCACAGUUACAUGCUGCCUAAGAACCUCUUCUCAUUCCUGUUACUGGACUGUUGUUGACUAUUAGCUAUUUGAAUUAAAGGGGGAAAAUAAAAAUUGAUUUUCCACCAAUUGGUGCUGUUGGAUAGAGAUCUUCUCUAAAGCACGGAGCUGGCAUGUAUAACUGACUAAUGUAAUACUGCUGUUUUUAUGGCCACUGCAGGACUUACGAUGGAGCCACAUAUAGUUUAAUAUACAUUGUCACAGAGAGAAUCAAUAAACUUUCAGCUGUUAAGCUACAUAUAUUUUUACAUGGCAUUUGAGGGAUGCUGAUUUAGAAAAUACCUUUGAGUAGAAACAUACACUGUUCUUUAUGACUGCCUUUUUAAAACUGCAAUGUUUUACUUAUCAGCUGUGCUUUGGAGGGAAAUCUUAGCAUAAGGUGUUGAAAACCUCCAAAAGUUUCUAAAGUGCACUGUAGGUACUCCAGAGUUUAAUAAACUUGGGGAUGCUUUGUGAGUCACUAGGGUUAACAUGUAAAAAUAGAAAAGCAGUUCUGGUAGCAAUCUACAUAUGCAGACUUCACACAGACCCAUGUCUUGGAGUAAUCUGUCUGGCUCAUAGCUUGUGUUUCUGGAGUCAGUGAUUUCCUGUAAAUAUUCCAGUGAAGCAGAGCUGUGUCUGUAUUGAUCAUGGACCUGAAGCAGCUUACAGCAGAUUUAAUUAUGGUCUAUAAUCUUUGUCAGAGCUUUCUUCACUGGGGAACAAGAAGCAAGAGGCUCAUUUGUUGAGCUCCUUUUCCAGCUAUGGGGGAAGUAGCUCUAACAGACAGAUUUCUGAGGCGAGUACACAGUACAGUGGAAAGCAAAUAAUAUAUGUUACUUGGAUUUAUUUCUUACUGUUGUGAACCCAGUACUUAGGAGAGUGUAAGUGUGUGUGGGUAUAUGUAUUCAUGCACAUGUACAGAAUAGAACUUACAAAGCAUUAAGCAGCAUACUGUAAAGCUGAAGUUAUUUAGAACUAAGCUUUUUCAGUGCCCAAUAUUUCUUGUAUUAUAUAUUGUAUAGCUUUCUGUUUUGUAACACCUUUUUAAAUUUGGUAAUUCUAUAUAUUGUGUGUGAUCCUGUUUUGGAAAGGAUGAGUGACUUCUGAAGGUCCCUUCCAGGCCUGUAUUCUGUAACUUUACAGAGUGUAAACAUCUGCAGACUUCAGAACUAUGUUACAAAGCUCAGUUGUGACAUAUACAAUCAACUGUAUUUAUGAUUCUUGCUGGAGGAGAAAAUCCUGACAUAUGUUUUUGGGUUUUUUUUUCUUCUCCUUUUCUGUACAGUACUAACUUGUGGGAAAUGCUGUGUGGACAUACCUGCAUCAUGAGUAAUGAUAGUACCUACUUUAUAGUGAGUUCAGGACACAGCAGAGUCUGGCAGAUCUUUGCACAGUUUAAGCUGAGAAGGAGAAAAGAUGUAAGAAAAUGGAUGCCCUUCCUAAUGAGAGGGAGGAUGGUAUGGUAAUAGGGUUCAGCAUAACUUAAGUCUUUUUGUAUGUUUUUUUUAUAAGCAUUGUCAUAACGUCAAAAAAGCACAAAUGUAAAAUAAAUUUUACUGAAUAUACUGGGAGGGGUAGAAGUAUAAUCAGCAUGUUGCACAAUUAAGGUGUUUGGGAGAAAGCUAUUGAAAGUAGUCAUUAAUUACUCUCAAGUGAUACUAAUGUAUGUGGCAAUCCUUUCAAAUGUGGUGGCUUAAUUAAAACUGUUUUAACUGAUGGUUGUAGAA